AUGGAUGAUCAAUUAAAAAAAGAAUCAACUUCAAAUGAAACAAAAUUAGAAGAAAAAGAAGAAAUUGAAAAGAAAUCAAAAGAUAAUGUAGAAGAUACACCUUCUAUAACAGAUCUAGAAGCACGUAAAUACCUUGCUGAUCAAACUCAAAAAGUGAUAAUACCCAAAUAUGCUUCUUGGUUUGAUAUGAAUACAAUUCACGAUAUUGAACGCGUUUCAUUACCUGAAUUUUUUACAAAUAAUAAUCUUUCAAAAACUGCAGUGAUUUAUCGAGAUUAUCGUGAUUUUAUGAUCAAUACUUAUAGACUUAAUCCAAAAGAAUAUUUAGCUGUUACAGCAUGUAGACGUAAUUUAGCUGGUGAUGUAUGUGCUAUCAUGAGAGUUCAUGCCUUUUUAGAGCAAUGGGGUUUAAUUAACUAUGAGUGUGAUCCUUCGACUUUCCCAACACCUGUAGGUCCACCAUUUACAGGUCAUUUUAGAGUAACAGCAGAUACACCUCGUGGUCUUGUACCAUUUAAACCAAGCAUUAAACCUAUUGUCGCUACUGAUAACUCGUCAACAACAACAACAACAACAAAGCCAGCAAUGAAUGUUGAAUUACGGCAAAAAGUGUUUGAAUCCAUCGCUGGAAAAGAAAUGAAACAGUAUUUUUGUAACACUUGUGGUGCUGAAUGCUCUCGUGAGCGCUAUCAUAAUCUCAAGAUCAAAAAUAUGGAUUUAUGUCCUCUUUGUUAUAAAGAGGGUCGUUUCCCUAUUACUAGUUUCAGCAGUGACUUUAUUCGUUAUGAAGUAUCUCCUUAUAAACAUGAUGAUGAUGAAGAAGCAGAAUGGACAGAUGAAGAAACUUUAUUAUUAUUAGAAGCUAUCGAAUUAUAUGAUGACGAUUGGAACACGAUUGCAGAAUAUGUAGGAAAAAAGACAAGAGAACAGUGCAUCUUUCAUUUUUUACAAAUGCCUAUUGAAGAACCUUACCAUGAUAAUGAUGAAUAUCACAAAGUAUUAGAACAUAAACGUACACCCUUUUCACAAGCCGAUAAUCCUGUCAUGUCCGUCUUAGCCUUCUUGGCUUCAGCUAUUGAUCCUAAAGUGGCUUCUGCUGCUGCCUCUGCUGCAAUUGCUUGUCAAGAACAAACGAACAAUAAGACACAACAGAAUGAAGAAGAAAAUGACAUGGAAAUAGAAGAAACGAAGAAACCAGAUACUGCCAUCGAGAAAGCUGCUGCUGUCGCUUUGGGAUCAGCUGCAGCUAAAGCGAAAUCAUUAUCGGGCAUCGAAGAACGUGAGAUUCGUAGAUUGGUCCAUUCGGUGAUUGAUGUUGAAGUAAAAAAAUUAGAAAUCAAGAUGAAUUAUUUUGAGGAGUUGGAAGCUGUUCUAGAAAAUGAACUAGAAUUGAUUGCUCAACAACGUAAAGAGAUCUUUGCUUAUCGUUUAGCUGUAAAGAAAUCUGAAUUAUUGCUACAAGAAGAAAUUAAUCAAAGAGGUGGUAUUGAAAAAGCUAUAGAAGAGGGUUGGAACCCUCAACAAUUACAACAACUUAUGCAGAAUACACUCUUUAAGGAAGAUUAUCAUGUGGUUGAUUUAUCUACUUUAGAUGAAGCUAGUUUAUCUCAUCCUACCUCUGCAAUGGAUGAAGGAGAAAAGGAACCCCUUACUGUUUUAUCUCUUUAG